UCAGCCCCUUCUCCUCCUCCCCUGCCCUCCCUCUCCUGCCGGGUUUGGAAUUGGGUUUGGGGCGGGUUCUGCUUCCAAAGCCAUCUCCUCCUGCAGGCUCCGUCCUCCGCCCCGAGCUCCCUCUCAUUUUUCCGAGGCUCUGGGCAGUACUUGGACUGGCCUGCUGCCCUGGUGGGUCGGCUACCAGGAGUCCCAGGAGGAACCCUCCACAGGGAAGGCCUCCUUGGACCAGGACAGCUGCAGAUCUCUCUGUGCAGGAGUGAAAUCUUUUCAGAUUGUCUCCAACAGGACCAGGACCAGGAGAGGAUUCAGAGACACGGAUCAAACUGAUCGGAAAGGUGGGUGUGCAGGCUGGUGAGCGUGAGCAGGAAUCUGGACUCACCAGGCCUAAAGAUGGCUGGAAACUGCUCCUGGGAGGCCCAUCCCACCAACGGGAACAAGAUGUGUCCCAGUGGGCAUGAGGUCUCAGAACUCUACAGUCGAGGCUUCCUGACCAUUGAGCAGAUCGUCAAGCCGCCGCCCCCGGCCAUCAUGGACUACAUUUUCCUGCUGCUUUGCCUGUGUGGCCUGGUGGGCAACGCGCUGGUCCUCUGGUUCUUCGGCUUCUCCAUCAAGAGGACCCCCUUUUCUAUCUACUUCCUGCACCUGGCCAGCGCCGACGGUGCCUACCUGUUCAGCAAGGCCGUGUUCUCCCUGCUCAACACAGGUGGCUUCCUGGGUCCCUUCGCCGACUACAUCCGCAGUGUAUGCCGGAUCCUGGGGCUCUGCACGUUUGUCACCAGUGUGAGCCUCCUGCCUGCCAUCAGCACAGAGCGCUGUGUGUCAGUCAUCUUUCCCUCCUGGUACUGGCGCCAGAGGCCCAAGCAUCUGUCAGCUGUUGUGUGCACCCUACUCUGGCUCCUCGCCCUCCUGGUCACCGGCAUUCACAACUACUUCUGUGUGUUCCUGGGCCGCGAGGCCUCCGGGGCGCCCUGCAGGCACAUGGACAUCUUCCUGGGCAUCCUGCUCUUCCUCCUCUUCUGCCCACUCAUGGUGCUGCCCUGCCUGGCCCUCAUCCUGCACGUGGAGUGUCGUGCCCGGCAGCGCCAGCGGUCUGCCAAGCUCAACCAUGUCAUCCUGGCCAUCAUCUCUGUCUUCCUCGUAUCCUCCAUCUACUUGGAGAUUGACUGGUUUCUCUUCUGGGUCUUCCAGAUCCCAGCCCCCUUCCCUGAGUAUGUCACCGACCUCUGCAUCUGCAUCAACAGCUGUGCCAAGCCCAUCGUCUACUUCCUGGCUGGGAGGGACAAGUCACAGCGGCUAUGGGAACCCCUCAGGGUGGUCUUCCAGCGGGCCCUGCGGGAUGGUGCCGAGCUGGGGGAGGCCGCGGGCAGCACGCCCAACACAGUCACCAUGGAGAUGCAGUGCCCCUCUGGGAAUGCCUCCUGAGCAGCCAGCAUUCGGGGAAGGAUGGGACAGGAAGUGACCAGUGGCCUCCAAACAUGCUGUGCCACAAGACAGAAACAAGGCGGCAGCCUUCAUGCUUGGGUGGAGGGGAAAGGUCUGUCUCCAGCCCCUUAUGCCUCCUUCUCCCUGGGCUGUGGGCUCAGGCAGUGACUGAGAGGCCAAACAACUAUCUGCAAAGAGAACCAGUGGCCCUGGGCCCACCAGCCAGUCUGCUUCAGUGACUCACAGUACCAGAGUUGCCUCUAUGAGGUGAGGUCCCUUGUGCCUCAAGCUGGUCAGUAAGAAUACAUGGUCACCUGGCCCCGUCCAGCUUCUGCCCCUUUGUGAGCUCUUGUUGAAGGUUACCCAGCCAGUGCCACCCCCCACAGGAAAAGGGAGUCCAUCUCUACAAGGCAGCAGCAAAACAAACCCAGGUGGUGUGGAGCUCUCUGGCAGAGGGUCCUGCUAACCUGCCAUGUAACCGAGUCUUUCCAGAAACAACAUCCAGCUACCCCUGAUGAAUCAUCGGUGACAUGGCCAAAAUGACUGGCCCUGCUGGAGGCUGGACUCUUCGGACAUCUUGGGUGGCUGACUGCCUUCCUGCUUCUGUGCUCGGCCAGUCCUGGGCAUUCUGUGUAUCCCCCAGGUCACUAUGGACCAUCUGGGAAGCUCCUGGACAGAGUCCUUGGGCUCCAGCACCCAUAUGACAGUGGGCUCCGGCUCUACCUUGACCACCUGAGGACUGACACUGUGGUACCCGUCAACAAACACAGUGACCCUGUGUUGCCAAAGGAAGUUUUAUAAAAGGCAAUAAAAUGUAUAUCAGUAAA